AUGGACUUAAGAAUAAAAUAUCGCUCACGGAGUUAUAAUGCAAGAAAUCGGUACCAAAAGUUUGUAGUCGAAACAACGCCUGAAAGCUGCAAAAUCCCUGAAUACAACAGCUUAAGAGACCCAAAUUUGUCAGGUUUUUUUGCAACUUAUGAUAAACGAAAAUUACUGCGAAAGCAAAAACUCGUACUUCGCCCCCAACAAUAAGAAAAAUUUUGCUUAUUAGGGUUGAAAAGACAGAAUUACACUGUAAAAUUCAUAUGCAUGAAUCGAAUUUUUCCACCCAAAUAUAAACAAAUUUAGAAUAAAAUUUAUUAUUUAUAAUUUGUGCUAAAGCACUCUAAUAACCAAAGCUUUGGCUCAUUGAUAGAGAUGGAGUAAGAGAGAAUUAGAUUAAUAAGAAAGGUCGUGUCAACGACAGAGUGGUCUUCAGAACCUUGGUUGAUGAGUCAUUACUGAGAAAAAACAGAGUAAAGAAAUCAAGAAGCAAAACGCCUCCAAAAAAUAAUUCGAGAAAGGUAAAAAAGAAAGAAUUCAAACUGCCUCCUCUAAGAGCUAAAAGUCAUAAUGCUUCAUAUGACAAAAGUAUAUCUAAUGAAUCAUAUAUUGAUGCGUAA